UGCCGAGGGGGGAAGAUGAGCUCAGCGCGCGCUGGGGCGCAGGUAACGUCAGCAGUCGGCCGGAGCAAGGGAAGGACUGUGCAUACAUAGCAAGUGUUUACCACCGAGUAAUCACUAAUACACACCGACACACAUUAAUAAUGUGUAGCUAAUCGGCUCCGUGUGACUCUGCGCUGCUUUUUUGUUUGUUUUUUAAAAUCCUGAUUCAUGAGCGCCUCGGCAGCAUCCCGCGCCUUCCGCCGGGCUUGAAAUGGGAUAUGGGAUUUUUCAUGUCGACGAAGCUCGGAGGGGUUCUCGCUUUAGUCUUGGUGUUCCUGCCCAUUGUGGUGUCAGGAGACUCCACAGAUGUGAAGUGUGAAAACAUUUAUAAGGAUUUUUCAGAGUGUGUGCUGAAGCUGGGAGAGAGCAUGGAUAACUAUCAGGAGAACAUGACCAGUGAGUGGGGAGUGGCAGCAGUGUGCAGCCACUGGGAAGAUUUCCACACGUGUGCUCUCACGGCGCUGUCCGACUGUCGAGAGGAAGUCAGCUCCAUCUGGGAGGCUCUGAGGCAGGACUCCAGAAAAAUGAGUUUCCAGGGAAGUCUCUUUGACCUGUGCAGCGCCAGCUCUUCUCCAAGCACAAGUUCACCUCUCGCCGCCCUUACCUUGCCACUGAUGCUGAUCAUGGUUGGGCCAAGUUGGUCCGCUGUACAGAUGGGGUAGGGGUGGUGGCGAGGUG